ACCGGGAGCGCCCGCGGCCGCCCGGCAGCGGAAGGCGGCGGGACCCGACGCCAGAUCCGGGGCGGUGUCGGAAGCGGCGACUUGUUGUGGUGGGGCAGACAUGGUGUGCGAGAAGUGCGAGAAGAAGCUUGGUACGGUGAUCACUCCCGACACAUGGAAAGAUGGUGCAAGAAACACUACAGAAAGCGGUGGCCGCAAAUUAAAUGAAAACAAGGCAUUGACCUCAAAGAAGGCAAGGUUUGAUCCUUAUGGAAAGAACAAGUUUGCAAUAUGUCGGAUCUGUAAGAGUUCUGUCCAUCAGCCAGGGUCUCACUAUUGUCAAGGAUGUGCCUAUAAAAAGGGCAUCUGCUCAAUGUGUGGCAAGAAGGUCUUGGAUACGAAGAACUACAAGCAAACUUCAGUCUAAUUGUGUUGAGUAGUCUUUUUUUGAACUUUAACUUCUGUGUCCUUGUACAGUAACUCUUCCCUAAAAUAAUUUGUGAAUAUUGCUUUUUGGAAGUUAAUGCAGUUAUUUGGAAUGAGAUGAGAGGUAAAGACAGCCUGAUUGUUUGCCUAAGAAUGUACAUAAUAUUUGAUUCUUGUUUUAGCAUUAAUGUUAACUGAUAUUGAAAGCUAAUGGUUUGCAGCAACUGGUACAGUUCAAAGGGAAUGAGAAGAUCCUAGUGGAUAGGUUGAAACUAUGUUACCAUCAUAAGAGAGAUUUUUGAUAAUAACACUUUUAUUCUUUUGGCCUAUCACGAGUCUUCUGCUUGUUUCAUAGUUAUAUUUUAUAGGUGUAUAAAAUAUGAGCUUGUAUCACCUCAUUAAAAUAUCUUCAUUCAGUUCUAUACCUGUAAGUUUUUAUAACUACUCUCAGCCCAAAGUAUUAUGUCCCUGCUCUUCAGAUCUUAAUGCAAUUGUCCUGAAUUUUGUUUCUGCCUACAGUACAGUUGGUUAUAUCACAAACUGUUUAACUACUGAAGUCUACUGAGUUGCCCUGCCAGUUCUUUCUUUGUCAUUGUCGUGGUUUAGCUCCAGCCAGCAACCAAGCCCAUGGAGCCACUCUCUCCCCCACCAGCAGGACUGAGGAGAGAGUUGGAAGGAUAAAAGCCAGAAAACUCAUGGGAAAAGGGCAGUUUAAUAGGGAAAGCAAAAGGCACACACACAAGCAAAGCAAAAAAUGGAAUUCAUUCACCACUUCCCAUGGGUACGCAGGUGUUCAGCCAUCUCCAGGAGACCAGGGCCCCAUCACAUGUAACAGUUACUUGGGAAGACUAAACACCAUCACUCCCAACAUCCCACACUUUACAUACUGAGCAUGAUGUCAUGGGGUCUGGAAUAUCCCUUUGGUCAGCUGGGGUCAGCUGGCCCAGCUGUGUCUCCUCCCAACCUCCAUGCACCCCCAGUCUCCUUGCAGGCAGGAAAGGCCUUGGCUCUGUGUGAGCCCUGCUCAGCAAUAACAGAAACAUCUUUACGUUUUCAACCCUGUGAUCAGCACAGAUCCAAAACACAGCCCCAUAUCAGCCACUGCAAAGAAAACUAACUCUACCCCAGCCAAACUCAGCACAGGCUAAUCACCUAUUCCCUCGUUAGCCUCCAGGGAGGCUUUAUGUGUGGCAUCUGGUGGCCCAAGGCAAUAAAAUAAUGAGCAUCAAUUUCUAAGUGUCUCAGUCUCAUAAUUUCCUAAUUUGGUCUGGUUUUUAGAUACCUAGUUUGAAACUUGCUCUUGAAUUUGAUGAUAUAAUUGCUUAAAUACGUGUCAAAUUUGAAAGCUGAAAGCAGGCUGCCUUGUCUUGAGCACUGGUUUGAUACAAGACUUGAAGUGAGCGUGUCUGAGCAUGAGAGGCUGCAUACAACUCUGCAGUUCUCUUGUCCUUUGCCUAGUUUCUACACAAGAAAGCAAUUUCUGUUAUGGAGCAUAAUAAAUGUUCACUUUGCAUGCAUUUUAAGGGGAAAGAACGGUACUCCUUAAUUCAUGGUGCCGUUUUAACUAGACCUAUUUAAGUGUUUACUCCUCCCAGCAACCUUCUCUUGGCAGUCUUGUGCUUUUGCAAUUUCCUUUCAACUCUCAACAGAAGAACUAUCAACGGGAAUUUCCCUGUGAAUAUGUUUUAGGUUUUCUUUUGUUCUCAUAUUUUUUCUGAGAAAGCUGCAUGACUACUGGAUACUGAAAAAUUGCUGUUCUUUCUAUGGGACCAAAAGAAGAAUACUGUGCAUAUAGUUAAGCCACCCUGUAGUUGCACUGUAAGUAGCCCUCUAAAGGGGGGUGUUUGACAUUUCCUGUCACCCUUAAUUAUGCAUUAUUGAGCAUUUGUCACCCACAUUUCUUCCAAAUGUGUUAGCUUCCUGCAGUUGCUAAAGGGGUCAUUCUUUUCAGCAUUUUAUAUUUACUAAGAAGCUUUGUCAGGAUAGUGGAGUUGGCUGAAUUUUCCAAAAGAAGAGAGGAAUGCUGCUGCUUUUCACUUCAAAAGCUUCAUUUAUUGCAACAAUUGAAUGGAGGUACAUGGAUUAGCUAGCUGGUGAUAUCUUGGUGCUGGCCACUUGUUUCCAAACACAUCAAGGAAUUCCAAUAUUAGUGUAUAUCUCUAUGACACAUCCUUUGUAUGGGGGAAAAGAAAAUGUCUAUAAUUGGCUUCAAGCUUUGCAGCAAGUGCUUGUAAGGAGUGUAUGACGAUUUCAGGUGGCAGAUUCUCCAAUAUUCUCUGAAUUCUUCACCCUUUAUGGGUGUGUGCUGUAAGAUUGACUGAUUUUUGCUAUUCUGUGAAUAAAACUUCUUUUCUUGUCUUCUUGAAA